GUGAAAAGGAACAAAGAUCCAAUGGCAGUAACCGAAAUGCACAGGGAAAGGAACUCCUGUAUGAUAAAGGUCCUUACGCUCUGUGUCCCAUGAACUGGAUUCUGAUACGCAAAAAAUGUUAUUUUUUCUCUGAAAACAAAAAGAAUCAAAGUGACAGUAAAAAAAACUGCACUGACAGCGGCGCCAGACUAGCGACUACGUCUGCAACAGAGAGUAACCUACAGAGAUUCAUUAGGAUGACAUCACAAGAUUACUGGGUUGGACUGGAAAAUCUGGGGACUCAUCACCAGGGCGGUGACUGGACAGGAAAAUGGUCUGAUGGUAGAACAGAUAUCCAUGUAAUUUCAAUCCACUUUCAUCAUCUGGAUUCUUCCCUACAACUCAAAA